AUGCCAUCCGAUUCAGGAUCAGGCGGUUUCCAGGCGUAUGCGCAUCUUUUAGACGCGCGAAUUCUGCGUGCCUUGGCGGAUAAUAAGUUUGGCACACCGACACCUGUUCAAAGGGAAUCCUUGCAAUAUAGUUUGGGUGGUGCUGCGCGCGAUAUCCUAGCUCGGGCUCGGACAGGCAGUGGUAAAACACUGGCGUAUGGGCUUCCAAUCUUGCAAAAGAUUGUAGCAACAAAGCAAGGUAUCCCGAGAUCAAGCACAGAAUACUCCGCCACACGUGCAUUGGUUCUCGUACCCUCUCGUGAGCUUGCCGAGCAGGCGACACGACAACUCAACGAUGUACUGACAUACUGUAAGGAUAUGGUCCGAGUGGCAAACCUUGCUCGACCUGUCAAGUCAUCCGUCCAAAAGCUGCUUCUUUCAGAGAGGCCUGAUGUAGUGGUGGCUACACCAUCGCGCGCACUUGCUAGCAUGCAAGCUGGAGAUCUGGUCGUGCGCGACUCGUUGCAAUCGCUCGUCAUAGACGAGACAGAUCUGGUACUUUCAUAUGGCUAUGGCACUGAUGUGAAGACGAUUUUACAGGAAGGAUUUCUCUCUCGCACUCACCAAACAUUUCUCAUGAGUGCAACGCUUGACGAUGACACUGAGGCACUCCGUGAACUUAUGCUCAAGGAUCCCGUUGUUCUGCGUCUUGAGAAUGACACGUCCCUCGCCGAAAAUUUGUCGCAAUACUAUGUCGAAACAUCGGAAGACGAAAAGUUUCUACUAGUGUACGUGAUGCUCAAGCUGCGCCUCAUUCGUGGCAAGUGUCUCUUAUUUGUGAAUGAUAUCGACAGGUGCUAUCGACUAAAGCUAUUCCUCGAGCAAUUCGGGCUUCGUACCUGUGUAUUGAACGAAGAGUUGCCCGUCAACAGCCGCUUCCAUAUUGUGGAAGAGUUUAACAAGGGCAAGUACGACUAUAUCAUUGCGACAGAUGCGAAUGCAGCACCAGAAUCGAAGAAAACAACAUCAUCUCAACGGGGCAAGGAGUUCAACGUGUCGCGUGGUAUUGAUUUUGUGGCAGUCGCUUGUGUUAUCAACUUUGAUUUGCCCACGUCGACGCGCGCUUAUACCCACCGCAUCGGUCGCACCGCACGCGCAGGUAACACUGGUACGGCGCUGAGUUUUGUCGUGCCAAGGCGUGAAUUUGGCAAGAAGAAGGCUUUGUGCUGUCCCUCGUGCAAGCACGACGAACAAAUGUGGGAACAAAUCGUGGAAGAUCAAAAAAGCAGUGGCAUGCAGAUCCAUCCAUGGACUUACGACCGCACUCAAGUCGAAGCAUUUCGCUACAGAAUGGAGGAUGCACUGCGUAGUGUCACCAAAGCCGCCAUCAAGGAAGCGCGUAUACAAGAAAUCAAGCAAGAGAUUCUUAACAGUGAGGCACUGAAAGCCCACUUUGAAGAGAAUCCUCGUGACUUGGAGUAUCUUCGUCAUGACCGUGCGCUGCAUCCUGCGCGUGUCCAAGCGCACAUGAAACAUAUCCCAUCUUACUUGCGCCCGCGCAUCGCUUCGCUUCCAGGCACAGCGCAGUCUCAUGUCGGGUAUGUACCCAAGAACCGGCCUAAAGUGCCUCAACGUGGGAAAAAGAACACGCCCCGAGGCAAGAGCAAGAAGAAGAGUGAUCCCCUCAAGUCGUUUACAUAG